UCUCCAGAAAAUCACCUAAAUACAGAGUAAAAUGGUUGAUUCUGUUGCAACAAUAGCUCUUGAAAUACUUCGGGACCUGUUGAUUGAGGAAGCAAAGUUUCUAUCGAGUGUGGGCGGUGAGGUUGAGGAAGUCCGUAGGCAGCUCAACAUCAUGCACUGUUUCUUGAAGGAUGCUAAUAGGAGUCAAGACCUGUACAAUUCACAGAAAGUCCAGAAUUGGGUUGCUGAACUUCGCGAUUUUUCCAUUCAAGCUGAUAAUGUACUAGAAAGAUAUGCUAUUGAAGUGGUGUCCAGAAGAGAAGGAAAAUGCCUUAAAAAGGUUCUCAAAAAAUUCACUUGUAUAUUGAGCGAGUGGUUAAGAAUGCACCAAAUCGGAGAAGACGUUAAAGAUAUCAAGUCUCGUAUGUCCGACCUCACCAAACAAUCGGAGUCCAUGAGUGUAGGAGACAACUCGACAAGAUUGGUAGAUGAUAACGAUUGGUCAAGAAAAACGUAUGGGCAUGGGGUUGAAAAAUAUUUUGUAGGAACGAAGGAGGAUAUUAAAUACCAACAAUUUCAACCCAAAACUAUUUUCCAACAACUAUUAAAGCAACUUGUUCUAAAUGAAAAGCUACCUACUACUGAAAUUAAGUUGUUGGAAGAAUAUGGAAGGGAAAUAGUAAAAAGAUGUGGUUAUUUACCAUUACCUAUUUCAGUUAUUGGGGGAACUCUUUGUCGUGAAAAGGCAUCAUUAGAAUGGAAAAAUGUGUGUAGAAAUCUUGAUUCGUACCUUCAACAUGGGAAAGGUUUGGAGAAUGACAAAAAUGUAAAUCAAAUACUAGAUUUGAGUUACAAUGUGCUCCCUUACAAUCUGAAACCAUGUUUUUUGUCUUUGGCAUGUUUUAAAGAGGAUCAAGAAAUAGAUAGAGAAAAACUAUAUUUACUAUGGAUGGCUGAAGCAAUGAUUUCUUCAGAAGAUAAGGGAAGAGGAGAAAGUUUGAGAGAUGUGGCUGAACGAGUGAGCAAAUUACCAGCUUAUGAAGUUCAACUAUAUCAAAAUGUGAUAGAAUUGCACCUUGUGGGUACAAGAAUUGAGAAAGACCCAAUGAAAAUACUAGAGAAGCUUCCCAUGUUAAGAGUUCUUGGCUUGUGGCGCAAUCCAUAUGUCGGCAGAGAGAUGGUUUGUCGGGCAACUGGAUUUCCUCAACUCAGAGACCUUGUUUUGUUUGGCUUGUCGAAUUUAGUGGAGUGGAGAGUGGAGAAAGGAGCAGUGCUCAAUCUAUCUUUUCUUUAUAUUAAACAAUGCAGUAAAUUGGCGUUGAUUCCAGAUGGAUUGAAAUUCAUAUCUACUCUCAAAGAAUUGAGAAUUAUGUUAAUACCAGAAGAGUUCAUGAAGAGGGUACAAGUGGUGGAUGGUGAAGAAUGA